AUGUCGAGCGGGCAGAAUCCUUAUUCGCAAGGCCCUUCCCAGGAGUCUGGAUACGGCGGCGGCGGCUAUGGUCAGGGCACCGCCGGCGGCAAUGGCUACGCCCAGGAGCAGGCGUCCCGGCAGCCUACUGUGCUGUCGCAGCAGGACUUCCUCAACCGCGUGCAGAACCUGCGCAACGACAUCAAGGCGCUGACCGGCGACAUUGACUACAUCGGACAGCUGCACCAGCGCACGCUCAGCACCACCGACCAGGAGGCCACCCAGCAGCUGGAGCACUACGUGGCGCAGACGCAGAUUCGCAACACCGCCAUCAAGGACGGCAUCAAGGGCCUGGAGCGCGACCUGCUCAAGACCAAUGACUCCUCGCGCAACACCAAGAAGACCCAGCUGGAGUCUCUCAAGACGUUCUUCAAGUCUGAGCUCGACAAGUACCAGAGCAUUGAGCGCGACUACCAGCAGCGCUACCGGGAACAGAUUGCCCGGCAGUAUCGCAUCGUGAACCCGGAUGCAUCGGAGGACGAAGUGCGACAAGCUACAGAGGCCGAUUGGAACAACGAGGGUGUUUUCCAGACAGCUGUAAGUCUUCGCACCAACCGCACCGGCCACGCCGCCUCCCUGCUGGGCAACGUGCGCGCGCGCCACAAUGAGCUCCAGCGCAUCGAGCAGACUCUCUCCGAGCUUGCCAUUCUCUUCCAGGAACUCGCCGCCAUGGUUGAGCAGCAGGAGAACGUCGUUGUCUCUGCCGAGGUCAACGCCGAGAACACGGUGCAGAACAUUGAGAAGGGCAACGAGCAGGUUAGCCAGGGCAUCGAGCACGCCCGCCGCACCCGCCGCCUCAAGUGGUGGUGCUUCCUCAUCUGCUUCCUCAUUGUUCUCGCCAUCGCUCUGGGCGUCGGCUUGGGUGUCGCUUUGACAAACAAGAACUAG